CGUUCCUUGUGAAAACUGAGGUUGCAAAAGUAGUGUGCUCGAUAUAUCCACCAAAAGCACACAGAUAUUCGCUUAUCCAUGUCUCCCCACCGAGGAGCAGCUGUGGCUUCUAUUUGCGCUGCGUUUUAUGAUAGUAUUUGGCUAUUGGUACUACUGCUGAGCACGGCGCUGGCUGCAGAGACACUCGACGGUGCGCAGGCAGCGUCGUCGCAAUGCCAGAACGCCACCAAGUGCGGUGGUGUAGACAUCGUCUACCCGUUCGGCCUCAGUUCAAGCGGCUGCGCUAUGUCGCCUUCCUUUGAAGUCGACUGCAACAACACCGGGAAUGGCGUCCAGAAGCCAUUCCUUGGAUAUGUCGAGCUCCUCAGCAUCGAUGUCCAGCUUAGUCAGGCCCGCGUGAGGACUCGUAUAUCUUCUUCCUGCUAUAACAUCUCAACCCGAGAGAUGAACUUCGAUGACCUGUGGUAUGUGGACCUGAAGGACACGCCGUACAGGUUCUCGGACUCCGCCAACAAGUUCACUAUUAUUGGGUGCCGAACACUGGCAUACAUCGCCGAUCAGGAUGACGUGGGCAAGUACAUGAGCGGCUGUGUCUCCGUCUGCCGGCGAGGUGAACUAACGAGCCUGAUCAAUGGCACCUGUUCUGGGAAAGGCUGUUGUCAGACUGCCAUCCCAAAGGGCCUCGAUUACUACCAGGUGUGGUUUGAGCAAAGCAUGAACACGUCGGGGAUCUAUAAUCGAACCCCCUGCAGCUACGCUGUGCUCAUGGAAGCGUCCAACUUCUCCUUUUCAACCACCUACCUGACUUCACCGUUCGAGUUCAACAAUACCUAUGGCGGCGAGGCACCGGUGGUGCUUGAUUGGGCUAUCAACACCGCCAACACUUGUGAGGAAGCUAUGGGAAAUCUCACAUCCUAUGCUUGCAAAAGCGACAAUGCAAAGUGUAUCAACUCCUCCGAUACAACAGGCUACAUCUGUAGGUGCCAAGAAGGAUACCAAGGCAAUCCUUACCUUAAAGGUCCCAACGGUUGUCAAGAUAUUAAUGAAUGUCAACAUGGAGAGAAUUACCCUUGCUAUGGAGAUUGCUACAAUAAACCUGGAAGUUUCGAUUGUGUGUGUCAUGCGGGUAGUAGUGGAAAUGCGGCAAUUCAAGGAGGAUGCCGAAAAGACCUCUUAUCACCGAAAACACGACUGGCAAUUGGUGUUGUUGCCAGUGUAUUGGCUGUCCUCUUUGGAUUCCUAGGAUGGGAAGUGAUUCGACACAAACAAAAAAUUAAACGACAGGCUCUAUUAAGACAGACUGAUGAGUUUUUUCAACAACAUGGAGGCCAGAUAUUGCUAGAAAUGAUGAAAGCAGAUGGAAAUGAUGGGUUCACCCUCUACAAGAGAGGGGAGAUAGAGACUGCCACAAAUAAUUUCAGCAAGGCACAUGUCAUUGGGGAAGGAGGGCAGGGAACAGUUUAUAAGGCUGUUAUAGAUGGAGUUGCCGUCGCAAUAAAGAAGUGCAAGGAGAUUGACGAGAGCAGGAAGAUGGAGUUUGUGCAAGAGCUGGUCAUACUUUGUCGUGUUAGCCAUCCCAACAUUGUCAAGUUGCUUGGCUGUUGCCUCCAAUUUGAGGCACCGAUGCUUGUGUAUGAGUUUGUACAGAACAAAACACUGCAAGAGCUGCUAGAUCUUCAGAGGAGUAGGCGGUUCCAUGUCACACUGGGAACCCGCCUAAGGAUUGCUGCUGAAUCCGCAGACGCACUUUCACAUCUCCACUCUUUGCCACACCCAAUACUCCAUGGUGAUGUGAAGACAGCCAACAUCCUUCUCGCAAAUGGCUUGGUUGCAAAGGUGUCUGAUUUUGGAUGUUCGACGAUUGAUAAGAGAACUCAGGCUGUACCCAAAGGCACACCAGGGUAUAUUGACCCGGACUAUCUAGUUGAGUACCAACUCACAACCAGAAAUGAUGUGUAUAGCUUCGGAGUCAUUCUUCUUGAGCUUCUAACCGGUAGGAGGCCACUGUCAAAAGAAAGAAAAAGCUUAACACUGAUGUUUCAGGAGGCUAGGUCCAAUGGCACACUCAUUGAGCUCCUUGACAGUGACAUUGUUGAUGAAACGAGCAUGAGAGUGAUCAAGCGGGCUGCAGAUCUAGUGAGUCAAUGCUUGGUUGUUCCGGGUACGACAAGGCCAUCAAUGACACUAGUGGCAGCGGAGCUCCGCCGAUUAGCGGAAGCAGAUGAAGUGAAGCGAAGCCCACAGCCACCAUUGGUGCUCGAGGAUCUGAGAUUUAUGGAUAUGGGCAGUACAACGAACACUUUGUAUGGAGAGAGCAGGACGAGUGGGGCUUAUAGCUUGGAGAAGAAAGCUGUGUUGAGUAUAGAGUUUGCGAGAUGAUCGAUGUAUUACUUGUUAUAUUGAUUCCCUUGUGUCGUUUUCUAGUGCGUGUUGGAUUUAGUGUUCUUCCUCACUUUGGGGGUGGAGGAUCUGGUUUAGUUUUUUUUUUUAUUUUUGACUUGAGGAUCUGGUUUAGUUGUGUGUGAUAGUGAAACAUUUGUUGUGUGGAUGUGGAGUAACAGUACAAGAACCUGUAAAACAUUAUAGCAUUAAGUGUAUUCUAUAACUAAUGAUUAGUAGAAUUGUAAUCUAACAAAACUAUACAGUA